GUUGUCAAAGUCCUGGGAAGUUUUGAUAAGCAAAUACUUUCUGGGCUCUGCCUCUUAUUGGCUGUUUCUUCACCGCCAGAUUUUGACACAAAUAAUCUGAUUGAAAAAUCAGGGAGGGGAACAGGGGGAAGAAAAAACAGAGAGAAAAAGGAGAAGUAUCUAUUUCAGCCGACUGCGACCAAGUGAAAAAGUGGAAGAGGAGUCCCAAGAGAAGAGGACAUCUCAUUUGUCUGGGGAGAUUUCAAGGCAAAUCCAGUAAAGCAGAGUCCCUGAAACAGAAAGUGAAUGGAAGAUGCCACGCUCCUUUUUGGUCAAGAGCAAAAAGGCUCACACCUAUCACCAGCACCGCUGUGUGGACGAUGACCUGCCAGUACUCACAUGGAGUCCAGUCACCUCUGCCUUCACUGCCACAGGGAACAGGACACCAGAGGACAUCAAGAAACAGGACCUGGGAUGUGUGGUUCCAAAACAAGAAAAGGACCCACCUGAACUGAAAGAAGAAGGUAUCCCUGUCCACUACCUGAGCAGGAUGCUUCCAGGCCCUUCAGCCCAAGAGAUGGCCAUGCCAGGGCUGCAGAUGAAGGAUUGCACUAACACAGCAAGCACCCCAACCUUCUACAAAGCUGGCUUUUCCUGGGAUGCUUUCCACAUGCCAUACAGCUACCAGCAGAUGUCUUCCAGCAUGCAGUCAGCCCUGCUGGAGCACCCUGUGAGCCUGUAUGGGAGCCACCUCCUGCCAAGCACUGAGCCCCCCCUGGAUUACAGCCUGCAUUAUUCCUCAGACAUGGAGACCUUCCACUGUGUGAAGUGCAACAAGGUGUUCUCCACUCCCCAUGGACUGGAGGUCCAUGUCCGAAGGUCUCACAGUGGGACCCGUCCCUUUGCUUGUGAAGUGUGUGGCAAAACCUUUGGGCACGCUGUGAGUCUGGAGCAGCACACCAACAUCCACUCCCAGGAAAGAAGCUUUGAGUGCAAGAUGUGUGGGAAGACAUUCAAACGUUCCUCCACCCUCUCCACUCACCUCCUGAUCCACUCGGACACACGUCCCUAUCCCUGCCAGUACUGCGGGAAGCGCUUCCACCAGAAGUCAGACAUGAAGAAGCACACGUACAUCCACACAGGGGAGAAGCCCCACAAAUGCCAGGUGUGUGGCAAAGCCUUCAGCCAGAGCUCCAACCUGAUCACCCACAGCCGCAAACACACGGGCUUCAAACCCUUCAGCUGCGAGCUCUGUGCCAAGGGCUUCCAGCGCAAGGUGGAUCUGAGGAGGCACCGAGAGACCCAGCACAGCCUCAAGUGAUGGCUGGCUCCAGGUCUUUGCUGGAGCUCCCACUUCAUGCUCCAGGGAAGAAAACUGUCCCCAUCCACCUCAUAAAGCUCCUAGGGUGUCCUAUGCUCCCCUGGGGACUGGCCAAGUCAUGCAUUGGUUUUCGUGUUUGGCAGUACAGGGCCUUACACAUCCCAAAGAAACCUGUGGGAACUUUCACUUUUUUAAUUGCAACAGGUACCAGCCCAGGUCUGACAUCACCUGCUCAAGUGUAAACCCAGAGGAAUUCCUCCAAGGUCACUAUUACUCUGGAUUUACACCAGGAGCAGAAUCCAGUUUGUCAGGCUGCCCAGUGGGGAGGAGGGGACUCCUAGGCUGGUGGCAGCAACAAUCUGUGCCAAGCUAGUGCUGUAACCAUGUUGUGCUCUGAUGGCUGAGAAGAUAAGCCCAGGGCAUGCAAAUAGACUGCAUUCAGUCAGCUGUGCUCAACCUGGACAGGCCUUCUGCAGAGACUUGCCAGGCCAUAAAUUCUGCCAACAGACACCUUAAAGUAAUUUCUUUCAGCAGAGCAUUUACUGUGAUCAAAUGACAAGUUAACUGUGCUGUAUUUUUAGCUUGGAGUGGGAGGAAAAUACUGAAGAAACAGCUCCUAUCCCUAGCAGAUAACAGGGGUCUCUAAAUACAUUCCUCAGAGACAUCACACUGCAGAGAUCCCAAGCAGGCUCCAGGAAGAGCCACACCACAGCACCAGGCAGGACUAAUAAUCCCCAUGUCUUGGUACCAUGGGAGAGUCUGCCUGCUCUUGGAAUCGGGGCUGGUAUGUCCCACAGUAUUUCCCUGCAGGCUGGACGUGCCAGCUUAGAGCUGUCCCGAGCAAUCCUGAGUCACUGCACGGGCAGGAGUGACCCUGGAUAUCGAUGUCAAGGGCCAGAGUUCUGCUUGCCAGGCACUCUCCUCAAGGAGGAAGUGACCGAGCCUGUACAUGUUGGCAGAGCAUGCAAGCACCUCACAAAUAUUACACAAAGAGAGCAGUGGUAUUUCCUCCUUUUGCCAGGUCUAGGGGUUGAAGCAAAGCACUGGAGCAAGUAAAGAACCAGUUCUCCUCCAAGCUCUGCCAAAUUCUCUCUCUAUAACCUUUGACAGGUCACUGCACUGGGCUUUUGUUUUUCCACCCCUCCUGGUGACAUGGGGCCAUUCACUCAGGUUUGUGGAGUCCCCUGAGUUCUAAACAGGAAGGACAAAGUAUUAUUAUAACAUUAUUAUAACACAGACAAGUGUUUUCAGUUAAUUGGGGCACUGUAGCAGCACAUAGCUCAUUCUAUAACUGCAUCCCUCAACACACAGCCUUGGACAAUGACACCGGUGGGAAUUACCCUGGGAACAGGCUGUAGGCAUUUCACUCCAAAGGCUUAUGAAGGAAGGCUGCCAUCAUGGGCAAAGACAAAAUGGUCCAAGUGGAAAAUUCAUGUAUUCCAAGGAGAGAACUGCCCUCAGUUCCACUGCUGUAAGUCCCAAGUUAUUCUCCUAAAACCUGAAAUGUACUUUCCCCUUUAAUGCUGUUCCUAAGAUCUAAGUCGUUAAUAUGUACCUAGAAGUUCAAACCCAGAGUCUGUACUCCUGGCUUUACUUGUACACUGUAAAUAUGUAUUUAUACUUAUUCUAAUGUAUAUUUUUUAUUGCAUUAUACCAGACAGUGACAUGUGCAGGCCUGCUGGGAUUUAUCUGAUAAAUCUGUUCCUUCUCAGUAACUGGGCUAACACAGUUUAUUUCAUGUUCAAAACUCUCAUUUAAAGAACGGCUCAUACCUGACUCUGGUACACAGGCAGUGGGGAUGGGGUGAAAAAGGAGAAGGGAAAGAGUCUAGGGUUGCUCUUUAUGGUUUGAGUGGGAAUAAAGAUGGAAAUUCACAUGCAGGAAAGGGCUCCCAUUAGAGAGACUUUCAUCCUGGAGACAGAUUGCUGCAGAGCCCCACGGAGCCAGAGCCAGCACUGCAGAGCAGGAGGGCCACACCAGGAGCACGGAAUGUGUGUCCAACAGACAGUGCCAAAGCCUCCAGUAAAUCCCUGCUGUCCUUCCCUGAGCCAUUCUGGGGAAGGUGCAUAACCUGUGGUGGAACUGGUCCCCAGCCCCACACACACCUGUGAGCACCCACACGUGAACAAGACUUGCUCAAGGUAAAGUCAUUUCAGCUUAUUAAAAUUACUGCCCAAAAUGCAAACUGUGUUUGUAAUUCCCCUUGUCCUUCACUAAUCUGCAAACAGAAAUAUUCAAAGAGGGUGUCAGCUCCUGGACUGCUAAGGAGCAAAACCCUCCAGCCCCAAACCACACAGGCACACCAGCACAGACUUCCCUGAGGACAGCAGGAGUGUCUGACUCAUGUAAAUCUUCCCAAUUUUGCCCACUGGAGUCAAGUACUGGCACACUUGCAUCAAUUGGCAAGAGUGCCUGUGACCACUCAUAAAACCAAACCAGACAGCUAUUUCUUCUGAGCCUCAUGGAGAAGAGCUGUUGUAUCCCUUAGAUUUUCAUUCCUGCCCUUGAUUUCCAAGGUACAGAGGAGCUAUAACCUGCAAUGGACAGCUGGGAUCUUAUCUCCUGUAUGCUCCCACAGCUCCUCCCUCCAAACACAUCACCCCAGUCCUGUCUGCUAUUCCCCCAGGACUCCAGGGUGGGCUACUGAGCCCAGAUAUCCCUGAAGAGCAGCUACACUGCAGGAAGCAGUGCCAGGAGGGAACUGGUGCUGUUAACACUUGGCCUGGUGUUUGUGAGAAGCCUGGGGAACACAUCCACGAGAUCCAGGGAUGACUUUGACUGGAUGGGCAGUGAGUGGGGAAGCACGCAGGAAUGGCUGCAGGCAGUGUGUGGCUGCAGAGCUCAGGAGAACACAUCUGUGGCCAGAGCAGUGCAGGGGAUCCAGGCCGACCGUUCUCACAGGUACAGGCAGCAUGUCAGAGGCACAGCCUGUGGAGGAGAGCCACUGGCAAAGGCACCAGCGAGACAGAACAGCCAGAGACAGGAGGUGUCAAAAGGGAGGAGGAGCAGAGGGAAUUAACUUGCAAUGUUUUCCACUGAGACACUACAGUUUCUUCCCCUUGAGUAGUGAGUUGCCACUUUAAGAUCACCUAAUGCCCAAACCCUGGCAUUGCUUGAGGCUUAUGGAGGUCAGCAGCCUGAAGGAAGAACAAGGCAGAGCCCCACUGCCCCUUCUUCCCUCCCAGCACAGCAGCAGCUAUGGGCAGACCUGCUACAAAGGGCAAAGGGCUCCCCAGAUCCUUGGAGCUGCUGAAUCUACACCAUGGGUACCCAAGGAUGCUCAGCACCUGUCAGGACCAGGCCAUGGCUGUCACCAACUCUGAACACACCUGGCCUUGCUCUCCAAACAUGCAAAUCCUCCUCGUUUUGACCACUCUGGUACAGCCCCUUUCCCAUCACCUCCCCUUGCACCUCAAAUAUUCUAGUCAGUCAGUCAAGGAAACAGAUAGCAAAAAGCAAAAUCUCAACUAAUCUUUGUGGCUAAAGAAAGAGCUGAUUGUCUUUGCCUCUCUUUGAGCCUGCUCUGUAUCCUGUACUUCCCCAGUCCCCUUCACACCUCCUUUCCUUUAUCGCUAGGGGGAAAAAAUCCUGGUCUCUGGGCUGUUUUGUUUAGCAAAUGAGGGACAUGCAAAGCACUAACCCCGGGCAUCUGUCAGGAGGAGAGAGGUGCCUCUGUGUCUUCCAGACAGCCUUGAGGCACUGAGAGCAGCAGCCCAGAAGAGCUGUGAUUAAGGGUGGAUUUCAGUCUGGACACUGGAUGAAUCUGUCUUCCUAAUGAGGACAGAGCCAAGGGACCCCUGCAGGAAGCAGAGGGGUGUUCCCAGCUAGCACAGCAUUAGGCUGGAGCUUAUCUUCAGGUUUUAAUAACCUCACAGUGUGCAAUCCUGGAGAAGGCCAGAUCCUGAAGCUUUCUUGCGUUGUUAGGGAAGCCCUAAAACAAACUGAGAGGAAGGACAGGGAAGAAUUGGACUCCAGUUGGGUGCAGGUUCUACUGGUUAAAGUUAUUUGCUGCAUCCACUUGAUUCCCGCCUUAGACAUCAUGAGAAAGGGUUUUCAGUGAAAAAAAGGUAAGAGCAGAGUCCCUUGUUCUCACAGCAGAUUGUUCCCUAGUCACAGGUGAUGGAGACACAGCAGCAGUUUAAUUCCAGCCAUCAGCACAGCACACAAAAAGGAACUUGAAGGUGUGGGGCAGUCUCCCAGAAAUAGCUACCUGCACAUUUCCUUGCACAGGCAGGAAAACAUCCCUGCCUGCCAUUAAGGUUCUAACAUGGGACAGGAUAUGGAGUUCAUCCUGCAAAGCUGCUAUAGAACAAUAAAAAAACCAUUUUUUAAACAUUUAA